AUGACCGACCCCCAAACCCCCGACACGGACAUGCAAGCCCGCCGCUCCGCAGACUACGAGCGCUUCAAGAACUACGCAGCGCUCACCUUCCUCGUGGCAUCGCCUGUGCUGAUCGCCCUCCCCCCGCGCAAACUAGACCACCUUACCGUCCUCCUCACGUCCGCUUUCUGCGUCUCCGCGAACCAUCUCACGCGCGAGCGCACGGGCCGAAGCAUCGUCGAACGCAUCGAGGCGCGCAUCUCCUCUACGUCGAAAGCCAUGCCCAUUCCGGCUGAUUUGCCGAGUGAGAAGGCGCGGGAGAUUCAGGCGCGGUUGCGGGCUGCGCGGGAUGCGCAGAUUAAGGAGGGGGGGUUGGUUGGGGAGGAGUUGGAGAGGUUGAGGGCAAGGCAGAGGCAGGAGAAGGGGGUGUUGGAACAGGUGUGGAUGGGUGGGGAGGAGGCGGGGUGGAAGGAGAGGAGGCUGAGGGAGGAGCAGCAGGCGUUGGAGGAGGGGAAGGGGUAUGGGGAUUUGAUUAAGGGGCAUAUUUGGGAUGUUUGGACUUGGGGGGAGAAGGAUGGUGAGGGGAGCGGGCAGGGGAAGGAGGAUGAGAGUGGGAAGGGACGUUGA